AUGGCCGUUUUAAGCAUACCGUCCUUCGCGCCACGUUACGUCGGCCCGAAAAUGUCGCACCAAUCACCGAAACCCAGCGCAAACAUGUUCACCUCCGCCACAAAGCUACUCUGGGGACCAUCUCUACCUCCAGGACUACUAAUCUCCACCGCCCGAACAGCUUGGACCACCGUAUGGCAGCUCAUGAUGACCCAGCUCGCUCCAUCGGAUUCUUCCGGGUCAUACACCCGACCCAAUUCCAAAUUCCGCCUCGACCCGACCCAAUUCCCUUACGCAGCUUCAUCGGAGCUCCAUCUCUACGUUGGUCUUCCUUGUCCCUGGGCUCACCGAACCCUAAUCGUACGCGCUCUCAAGGGUUUAGACGACGCCGUCUCCGUCUCAAUCGCAUCGCCUGGUCAAGACGGAUCGUGGGAAUUCAAGGAUAACAAUAUCUCGGCAACGGAUAAGGAUAAACUUAUUCCGAGCUUGGAUAAGGCAAACCGGUGCCGGAAUUUGAAGGAAGUGUACAAAUCGAGAAACGGAGGUUACGACGGGAGGUGUACGGUUCCGAUGCUGUGGGAUUCAAGGAAGAAAGAAGUUAUCUGCAACGAAAGCUACGAUAUUAUCGAGUUCUUCAAUUCGGGUCUAAACGAAUUGGCACGAAACCCUAAUCUCGAUCUCUCGCCACCGGAAUUAAAAGGAAAGAUCCAAGAUUGGAAUCAGAUUGUGUACCCUAAAGUUAACAAUGGCGUUUACAGGUGUGGAUUUGCGCAGAGCCAAGAAGCGUAUGAUCAAGCAGUGAAUGAAAUCUUCAGUACUUUAGACGUAAUUGAAGAACACUUGAGUAGCAACAGAUACUUGUGUGGAGAAAGGUUAACAUUAGCUGAUGUAUGUCUAUUCACAACUCUGAUUCGUUUCGAUCCUGUUUACAACAUUCUGUUCAAAUGCACCAAGAAGAAGCUCGUCGAGUACACUAAUCUCUAUGGCUACUUGCGCGACAUUUACCAGAUUCCUGGUGUUGCGGCUACUUGUGAUCUUCCUGCUAUAAUGGAUGGUUACUACAAAACGCUGUUUCCGCUAAACGCAAGUGGAAUUCAACCGGCUAUUUCUUCAUCUGGCGAUCAAGAAUCUCUCUUGAGACCUCAUCACAGAGACUUCGUUGGCAAAGCCGUUGAAGCACAUAACGCGGUUUAA